AUCUUCCGCUAAAGCAAUGUGAACAGAGCGGGACGUGCUCUUUGGAGACUGUGCUCCAGCCAGGUGUCGGGACCUCCCCGAGAGCUCGGUCAGCGUCGCCUCGCUAGACCUCAUCAUGAAAAGGAGGAAAGCGAAACUGGAGUGAGUGAGAAACGUCGUCUUCAAGAGCAGAUUGCGGCCUGGCCCAGAGGUUAGCACAAUGAAGAAGAACAGCAGGACAUCUACCCCGAAACCCAGCGAGCAAGACGCCCUCUGCCGCCCACUGUCGCCGCGUGGUCCAGGGAAUCUUCAAGACAUGAUGAAUGGAGGAGAGUACCCCCCGUUCAUCUCCCCUCCCAUGCUGGAGAGCAAUUUUAUCCAGGUCAACAGGAAAGGUGAAUCCAUUUACCUUCAUAACCGAGCCAACUGGGUGACCGUAGGCAUCUGUUCUUCCAAUACCGCCCAGGAUAUCCCUAAUGUGAUGCUGCUGGCACAUCUGACAUCCACCACCCAGAAAGAUACAGGACCCCUGUUGAAGACUCUGCUGACGUCGCCUUCCAAGGGGAAAGUGGUGCUCACCAGGUUUCUCCCCCUGCAGUUUGUGACACUCUCUGUGCACGAUGUCAAGAAUAUGCGUCUCAAAGUUAAACUGGUGAGUGGCCGAGCCUACUACCUGCAGCUCUGCGCCCCCUCCUGUAAACAGGAAACUCUGUUUUGUCGGUGGGUGGAACUCGUCACCUUCCUCAAUCAGGAGAAAAACAAAAUUUCUAACGUGUCAGACGUUUCGAGCCUCUCAGAGAUCACAAACAGCACGGGGAUCACAGGCUCCCUGGACAUCAUGGACAUCGGGGCCCUCCCGGCGCUGCAGGCCCCCUACGUGGAUCCUGGCGUAGACCCCACCUGCGCCGUGGAGAGUGUGGAUUUCUCCGAAUUCACCGAUGUCACCGACGUCACCGAUGUCACCGAUGUCCCUGAAAAUGAGAUUACAGAGGUCCCCGACGUAAGGAUUGUCACCGAGGUCACCGACGUCACCGACGUCACCGAUGACCCAAACUGCUCCGAGGUCACAGUGGUGUUUGAAAACGAUGACAUCCUACGGGCCAAGCAAGAGGAAAAAGCAAAAGAUGAGAACGUCCGGAGGACUGAGUGUCUGCGAGAUGUGAAAACUCUGAAGGAACCCAAACGGUCUUCCAAACACGUCACCAUCUCAAACAUAACUUUGACUUUCGAGGAUGAAAAAUGCUUCCAAACCACCUUAGCGCCAGAAAAAAUGGAGCCAAAUAUAUGCGAAGCGAUCGAUCACAAGACCUCUGACGAAAAGACGGAUUCUGAAAAUACUGCUCUCAAGGCUGAAGAAUCCAGGAGCAUGAGGACUUACUCAGACAUUUCAGGCUUAUAUAGUUUUUCCGUCUUUCCCUUGAUUAGCAUUUCUUUCCCCCUCUUCACUCUCUAAUCAUUCCUGUCCCCCCUUUCCUAUUCUCCUACUCACACUUAGGCCCAGAGCCCCAAGGAAAGCGCAGAGCAGCAGACUGUGCAUCUCCUUCCACUGAAUUCAGACUGAGUGGAGACAAGAGACAAGCCUGCCUUUCUGGCUUCAAUUCUAAGCAGAAGCCAGAGUCUUAACUGCCACCACUGCAAUCAAAUGAGCCCAGGCACCCUGCGCUCGCCAGCUCCUAGGCACUGCUAGUUGGGACCACCAACUCUAAUUCGCCUCUUAAAGCUCUCCGUGGUUUGAAAGGGUUACACCCGUUCUUUUAAGCAAUGUGUUGGCUGUCAUCCCUAACGUCUAAUCCUCUCCUUACUCCCUCAAACACAUGCCUCGACUGUCCCCCCCCCUUUCUCAGGAGAUGCGUGUGAUGGUAGACAAAGGUGAUGAAGAAGCAUGUAAGACAAGAUACAGAUAAUACGCAGUAAGGUACUGAAAGACAAGCAGGCUGAGGGAGCGGACACCAACCACCCUAAGGGGUAAACAAAGCAGCAUCUUCCAUGUGGCAGAAAUAAAGGCUAAUUCUAAAUAAAGGCUAAUUCUGAUCACUGAA